AUGCCGUACCCCCCUCCCGCUGUCCUCUCCGACUCACCACCACCAGGUACUUCAUCAGACAUCGACGACCCCUCAGGCCUAUCCCUCACUCACCCAGAACUCGACCCCUACGCGCCUUACUCCAGUUCAGACGAGCCUUCAGAAGAGGAACGGCCGACCCCGGAAGAGGAGUAUGGAGAGGGAGAAGUAGACCCCGACGCGUUGGAAGAGCAUCUUGCCGUUCUCAGAUCGUAUGAUGCUGCUAGCACGCAUAUCCCGCUCUUGGCACGCGCCGACUCGCUCAGCAGUGCAGGGACGCUUCCUGCACCGUUGACACUGCCCUACACCCACGAGCAGGGACCGACCAGCGCCCCUGCUGAACGACCCGUGCUGCCCAGGAUGACAAGAGCGUUCAGCAUGCCCCUACCUGAGCAGCUGCGGCAUUUGAGGCAUCCGCUCCCAGGUGCAGGGAGUAUGACUUGGGACCCUACCAGUCCUACCACUACUGCCAACGGCGGCCUCUUCUCCCCAACAAGCGACUCCCCCACCGCUUUCUCCUCUAAUGCAUCCUUCCCCCCUUCCCCCCUGCCGGUACCAGACUACCUCCACCUCCUCUCGCUCGAACUGGCCGACACGAUCCAGCCUAUAAUCCAGACGCUGCUCCAGCUCACCCCGCCGCACAUCCUCGACCCUGCGAAAGAACAGUUCUCGGCGUGCACGGUCGGCAUCCCUACGGCUAGCGUAUCGGGGCUGCUGAUGGCGAUGAAGGGGUUGAACUACCUUUCGGGGAGACUGGCGAGGGAGGGGAUACCUGCUCCUGCCUCUGUGCUCGGGUAUGACACUGCUUCCAGCUCCAGUACCGGCACUAGCAGCACCAGCAUCACUACUUCCAACUCUACUACUACCAAUUCACGAGCUUCGCCUAGGGACACACCCCCCGAACAAGACGAAACCUUCGACAUUGGCGAACUGCUCCAGUCUAUCGGGGACACACUCGCCGGGCUAGCGGCAGACAAGUGUGUGGACUUGGUACUGUAUCAUGCCGAGGUAGGGAUGUUGCAUGUUGGGGUUAGGGGGGACGAGAGCGAGGUCGGGUAUUUGUUGGGUUAUGUGAGUUUUCUGUUCUUUGUGUUUCCCCCUCCUCGCCACUCGACUCCUGUUCCUGGCCUGCGGAGCUCUUUGGUGUUGAGGCAGAUAUUGGCUGUCGCUCAGAAAGGCGACACGAUCGAGCUUGGCCUUACGCUCUCCCAUGCACCACCCUUCCCCAGCCGCAGCCCUCCCUCCGCUCCCACCGCAGACUACCAAUGUACAUUCGACAUCUUGCACCGUUUUCCUCCUUCCUCAUCACGCGUACCCCCAGUGCUCAACAGCAGGCUUGCGACACACCUGCUACAUUCCCUACAUGCGACGCUCUCCUCCCCUUCCUCGUCACACUACCUCCUCACUAUCCCUCUCCCUGCCGGACCCUCGCCCUCCCCUCCGCCUCUCACACCACAACAAGAACUCUCCCGCCAACCCUUUCCCUCCUACCGUCUCCCCCCCGAACCCACACUCGCCGAACUAGCCAGUUUCGUACGCCUCGACCUGAGGGGGAAGCGGGUAGCCCUGUACGCGAGUCCGAGGAGCGUGUUCGGGCGGCAUGUGACGAGUUACCUCACCAGUUGGGGGAUGGACGUUGUCCAUGUGCCUACUGAUGAGUUGGAGGGGUUGAUCAGCGGGGAAGGAGAAGAAGAAGAAGAGGGAAGCAGGCUACCGGGGGAAGAAGAGCCUUCCUCUGAACGGUCACGUCCUGGUUCUGGCCUGCCUUCUGCCCACCCAGAUCAGCCAGACGGACUUCCAGACCCUGUGGAGCACAGUGCAGGCACAGGAGGGGGAAUGGAAGCGGACGGCGAGCCCAGGCCGGCAAAGUUAAGUUUUGUGAUCAUCGACGACGACGUCCCCGUCCUCCGGCGACGGCUGGUGCAGAUGCGCAAAGAGCGGGAAAGGGAGAGAGGGAGAGAAGGCUGGGAAUUCAGGCUUCGUCCUGCUCCGGUGUCGGCUCUUCCUGCUAUACCUACCGGGGCAAUGGCACGACGAGCUGCUGAGAAGCUCCAGCUUUCCCAGGGCCAGGGGCAGUCCCCACAACGCCCUCUUUCGCACAGACGGGCGCACCCCCGUUCUCCCGGCUCAGGCGACCCGCCCACCCCUCCUACCAGUGCCGGUCCAGCAGACCCCAGCCCCUCCGGCCUUGUACCACAAGAGAACCCCGUGAUCAUCCAUUUUACCAGUCUGUCAAACUUCAAGCUCGUCCGGGACGCAGUGCAGACCCUGCUCGCCCUCCCCCAGCCUGGCUCGCAACCCCUGUCCACCCUGCCGGAAAUAAUCGUCAUCCCCAAGCCUGCUGGUCCUAGGCGGCUCCUCACAGCCCUCCAUACGGGGAUGUACAAGCCCCUUGUAGACCCGUUCUUUGCGCCUAUCGCUACUUCCCCCCUGUCACCAGCGAGCGUCCCCCCCUUCUCCCCCUUCUUCACUCCUCCGACAGGGAACGACCAGGACCCGCUUUCCCUCUUCCCGCAAUCCCAAUCCCAGUCCCAGUCCCAAUCACUCCAAAGUCCCGUCAUCACCGCGCCUUCCCACUCCCCCUCUCCCAAUCCAGGACCACUCAACCUCCACCCCCUCCAGCACACCCCACACGGCACCCUCUUCCUCCCCGGCGGACUGCAGAAAUCCCGCUCUCCAGGCCCAUCACCUCUCGCCCAGCCGCCUGCUACUGUCCCCGAAGGCGAGUAUUUCCCUGGAGACGCAGUCAAGAUCGGCUCUUCGGCGAAUAGCGGUGUCUUACUCCAGAGUCCGGAUGGGAGACCGGCGGGUGUCAUCUUCCAGCCUCUGGGGCGUGCGGCAAGUUCCUCCACAGCAGCAGGAGGGCUUACCCCGCCCGACGGGGCUGUCCCUACAGGACCAGACCUAGACGGCGCAGUCGCCCCCGGAACGAAGCCUCUAAUGAUCAGCAAGUCCAGCGGAGAGUCUGUCCCGCGCCAAGUUCCCAUAGGGAUGAUCUUCUCCCCUUCGCAGGUGAUCGAUUCCUACCGAUCGCCGGGUGUGGACGGUCCGCCCCAUCUGCCAGCAGGACCGAGUCGCCGGCAGAUCAAGCGCGUCACUACUGCUGAGACACGGCCUUUCCUCCUUCCCGGGAUGGACGAGGAGUCGGGGGACAACACGACUCCCGCUGCGGUGAACCGGUUCCGCUCAGGCGCCCGCCGGACAAGCAGCGCUAGCACGACGGGCGGUUCUGCUGCUAGUAUCCCCCUUCCUCCUUCUCGCCCGGGCUCAUCCCGUAUCCCGAGCGGAGGGUCGGCACACCCUUCUGCCACGCCGAGUGUUGCACAUCGGGUUGCUGGCCGGCGCGCAUCGGGACAGAUCGUGAAUGUUGGAGCGAUGAAUUUUGUCCUUGGUGAUGGGCCUGCGCCUGCUCCUCUUGGGCCUGUUUUGCCAAACGUUGUAGACCCGGAGAAACAGGCGCAGCGAGAGAAUAUCCGUAAACUUAUUCAGGCAGGGGCCGAAGCAGUUGCCCCGGCCGUAACCUCGGCUUCGGAACACGUUCUACCCACCACUAGUGUCCUGAGCGCUGCGCCUGCCGUUACCAUCGCAUCAUUGCCAAAUACAGCCAGUGGGCACAACACGCCUUCUCCUCUGCCUAUUUCUCCGCCUAGCGACCAUGCGUCGCCCGUCAAGUCUCCACCUGUUGUUGCCGCAUUACGCCGAACCUCGGAUACGGCUGUCAGUUCUCCAGGUGGGAAGAAGAAGUCUGUUGGGGAUAACGUUAUCGUUCCUCCCAUAAAUGUGCUUAUUGUGGAAGAUAACCCGAUCAAUCAGACUAUUCUUAUGACGUUCAUGAGGAGAAAAAAGAUUAAAUAUGGAACGGCUAAUGAUGGAGCCCAGGCGGUGGAGAAAUGGAAGACUGGCGGGUAUCACCUGAUUCUGAUGGAUAUCCAAAUGCCGGUUAUGGAUGGGAUACAAGCGACCAAAGAGAUUCGCCGGCUGGAGAGCCAAUCCAAUUUUGGUCUGUAUCCAACCACACCACCGGUCGACUCCCUACGGGCGGGAUCACCGGCACCCAUAGUGAAACCGCCAGCAACCCCAGGCUCGAUGCCUCAAUCCUCACCACACCGCUCCUCAGUUAUCAUCGUCGCCCUCACGGCUUCAUCUCUGCAGAGUGAUCGUGUGGCUGCUCUUGCUGCUGGGUGUAACGACUUUCUCACCAAGCCGGUAUCCCUCAAAUGGCUAGAGAAGAAAAUCAUCGAAUGGGGGUCCAUCAAGGCCUUACAAAUGUGGGCAGACUCAGCGGUGACCCAUGGAUUUUCCAGUGGACAAGCUGCUCGUGGUGCCAAAGUUCGUGACCAGCUUCGGAUCAAUAGGUCAGGACGAAACUCGCCUUCUGGUCAUUCCAAAGGCAAAGGGAGUGGCACCGAUACUGAUACUCCCUCAUCUCAUCCUUCGCAUCGACCCGUCUCUGGUCCUGCUCCUGUUCUCGGAAAGGGCACCAAGGAAACAGUGUCUGCCGAUCCAGUGCCUACUGUCAGCACAUGUCCAGAGACCAUUGAUGAUCGUCGCGCACAAUCUUCGAUCUCACUCAGCUCUUACUUCCCUGAUCGUCCUCCCGAUGUAUUUGCCCCAAACGACACCAAGUCGCUUCUUCUCCAGGACGUGUUGGAUGAUGAGGACGAUGACUCACCCGCCGAAACGAUUAAGGAGAUUUCACCUCGGCGAAAGUCAUCAAUGUCACUGAGUCCGGGUCUGGAAGCGCACUAAUAUCGCGCUAAAUUCCGAGGUCGAUUACUCUGAUAUUUCUCUACUUGUUAGACGUUUACGUACUCUCUGGAUACAUCUGCAUCGCUGUUCCACCACCUGCUGGUUUCGCUGUUCGAAAUGUCACCUGCGCUCAUGUGUACUCUACCUAAACGCACACCAUGUUCUUUGCUUCAUUUUUGUCAUCUGGUUUGUUUGUUUCAGGGUUUCAGUGGUCGACUCGUUCCGAAUAUGAUCAUCAAUAUUGUUGUUCGUUGUUGUUGUGUUGGAGCUGCGGUCCGUUGUUCCGAGUCCCCGAGUUACGGAGCCGGACCUAAAGAAGAAAGCCCCUUCGGCAAAACACUGGGAUCCGCGUGCGGGCCGCUUCGUCCCAUCCGCUUUUUAUUGCCUGCUUGACUAUAUUGGCACAAGGUCACCCUAAUGCAUCAACAGGUCACGUUUUGUGGACGACGGCGAAUCCUCGGAACUAUUUUCAAUAUGCUGCAUUCGCGAAGCAAAUUCUGCUUCGUUCGCCGCCUUCUCGUCGUCCUUCCCCUUCCCAAAAAUACAUCGAUCAGCCAAUCGGGAAUCGCUCCGCGGGGCCCCAUCUGCUCCGGAUCUUCGGGAAUUCUGGGGAACGUCCGGGGUGCCCCGUUCUCCACCUUGGAUCUUACCAUGCAUUGGUGUCUGGUCCAAGCGCUCUCGGUUCUAACUCCAAAUGCUGACCCUCCUCCCCGCGCGCCAGCAGAGGGGGCAUAUAAAAUGCUCUGUCUGCCUAACUUGAGCUGUUCUGAGCUCCUCAGAAGCGCAAAUACGACUCUAACUUCUCUAAUAUUGUAGUCCAUUUCUUGCCACUAUCUGGCCCGGAAGCGAUAUGGACCACGAGAAAC